AUGGAAACUAUUGGUAUCAUUGGCGGCGGCAUAGCUGGUCUCAGCACAGCCCUCGCUUUGCGCUCACAGAACAUUCCCAGCGUCAUCUACGAGGCCUCUACAGCGAAGGAGCGCUUUGCUGGAGGUAUCAUGCUCUCGCCAAACUCCCUUCACAUCCUGGAUCAGCUCGACAUCUACAGCCGCAUCCGUGCGAAAGGAUGGUCGUUUCAGACAGUGGAGUUCACUGAACCUGACGGGCAAUCGGUGGACAAGCAGUAUCUUGGCUCGAAAGAAGUCUUUGGCUACGAUGCACUUCGCAUAUACCGUAACACUUUGUUGCAGUCACUCAAGUCUGCAUGCGCUGAACGCAACAUCCCCAUUCAAUACUCGAAGAAAUUCACCUCGAUCGUCUCCGAGACAUCCUCUGCCGUCACUAUCGGCUUCGUUGAUGGCACUCAAGCCACGCAUGCCCUUAUCGUCGCCGCCGAUGGCAUCCACAGCAAGGUCAGAACUGCGGUGAUCCCUAACAGCGACCCAGUGUACACAGGCAUUCUUGUUGUCGCUGGGGCUGUCCCACUGUCUGCUCUGGCCAACCCAAAGAACAUGUCCCUCACUCAACCCCUGGCGGAGGCGGGCACCCACAGCCAACCCGCCUUCAUCAUGGCCCCGCAGAACCCUGAUGCUACCGACUUCCUUGCGGGCACUCAGCGCCGCCAUCCCGAAGAGGACCGUGAGGGUUGGGCCCGCAUUGCGGCCGACCGGAAAUUCCACCGGGAGUUCUUGCUUGAGGGCCUCGAGCAUCGCAGCGAGCUGAUGCAGUCUGCCGCCAAAGGAAUCACGGAUGAGAGCAUCUACACCUGGCCCUUCUACAUCUCGCCGAAGUUGGAACGAUGGCAUAGCGAGAAGGGCAGGGUGGUCAUAAUCGGGGAUGGCGCCCACUCUCUGUCCCCGGUCAUGGGCCAAGGUGCCAAUCAAGCGAUGGAGGAUGCCUGGAGUUUGGGGCUGCUACUGGGAAAGAUUGGCUCCGAACGCGACGGGGAGAACUGGUUGACUUAUCUGGACAAGUGGGAAGCGGUCAGAAAGGAGACGAUUGGGAAGUUGUUGGCCUUGACAGCGAAGAUGAAUAAUGCUCGGGCGCCGCUCGAGGUCAGGGAGAAGUUGAGCAAGGACGAGGUCUGGACUGGAGAAGGGGGCGCCGAGGCCAUGAGGUGGUUGUUCGUGCCACAGAUAGAGGAGUGGGUUGGUCAGAUAGUCGAAGGGGCGUCCAAGUGA